GGAACUCCGCUUUUCUUUCCAGUCCGCCCCGGUAUACGGCAUUCGUCCUCCGAGUGUGGGCCCCACAUCGUCGUCAGGAAGUCUUUGUUGCAAAAACGUUAAUAAAUUCUGUUGAACAUAUAGUAAAAGCUUAAAUAUGUUACUAAUCUCGCUCACCGCGGUCUUCGCGGUCCUUGUAGUCAACAAUGCAGAGCCUGUCCCGAAUACCAAAGAUGAUGGUCCAAUUGCUGAACUGCCAGAGAACUGGGACCAAACAAAAGACGAUACACAGUCGUUAUUUCUUAACAAGAGCGACAAAAAUGACCUCGAACCUUAUCCUCUCGCUCUAAGUGAAGAAGGUAAUUCUGAAGGAUAUGAGCAAGCUGUCGAGCAACGAUAUGAAUCUCCUCAAUCUAACGGGGAACUGGACAAUCUUAUUAUGAGACCAGAGUUAUAUGGGGAGCCUCCUGCUAUGGAGGGCCUCUCGGGUGGGUACGAGUCCCGACGUCGUAAGCGUGGUAGUGGAAAGGUUGGGGGAGCUGGUGCCGCUACAAAGGUUGCUACGAAAUCUGGCUCAGGAAAGAAAAAUCUUAAAGUAAAUGAUGCACCAAUGCCAGUAGAUUUCGUUAUCCAAGAGAAUGAUAACAAUCGUCGUAAACGUGGUAGUGGGACAAAGGUAGGCGGAGCAGCAGCCUCAGCAAAAACUGCUACCAAAAAUUCUGGGGGAAACAAAAAAAAUUUUAGGUCUGUAUCUGAGCGUCGUAAGAGAGACUCUGGUCUAAGCGCCGCAGAUGUUAGAGCGCUACUUAACUUUUGGGAAGCUCAAGAAAGAAGAAAGCAAGAUUUACAUGCCGCGAGCCGAAACGCUGAAAUUCCGUAUUACGGUAAUGUCAAUACAUUAGAUCUAGGUCAACCUGAAGUUGACGAAGUUGGAGAUAUAUGGUUACGCGAUGAUGGAGCUAUUGAUCCGCGAGAAAGAGAUUAUCCCCGUCAGUCUUAUUUCUCCGAACAAAAUCGUGUUGGCUUGCCGAUGGGUUUACCUGAAAUAUACCCAGUUGACCCUAACGAACUUAUGCAAAGGUAUGAAGAGGCACGUCGUAAGAGAAUGUACGUGAAUAAGAUGAAACGCUUUAUGGUCGCUCGAAAACGUUCGGAUAUGCACCAGAAUAAUUAUCGGCCCCGUGAUGAUCUGUACACUCUGGCUGAACUUCUGCGUUCUGCACCCCGUGUUCAAGAACAAGAUAUACCUGUCUAUCGCCGACUGAUACUGUAAAGAUUUAUUCGAAAUCUAGAUCCAUUUAAACAGUCUGGAAAAUAAAUACACUUUUAAAAAUAGUAAAAAGGCAGAUAACUGCUUCGUUCUACAUUAAUUAAUCUUCUCAAUCUGGUUUAAUACGCACACUUCUAUCAGUUAGCUGGCAUAUGGAUACCUACUAACAUUUAUGAAAAGGAUUGGAACGAGAGAUCGUCAUGCAUUUAUUUCGCAGUGUCUAGGAUAUAGUAUCAUAGUAUAGUUUUAGAAUCAAAGCAUAGAUAAUGUAUAUGUAUUUUUGUUAUCGUUUAAAAAAUAAAUGGCCUAACAAAAAAUAUUAUUAUUACCUACCUAUAUGUUAUUAGGUACUACUUUCAAUCGAAUGUUAUAACGUGUGUACUUUUUCUACCUCGGUUUACCGCAUAUCUGAUUAUUAUUUAUACUGGUUUUUACCAAAAAAAAAAGGGAAAUAAAAUUAGUUCAAAUUUAUAUAUUCCAAUUAUUAAUAAAUAACUAAUAUGUACUGCAUAGUGAAGUGAAACUUCUUAUUUAAUCGUGCGAAAUGUUUAGAUUUAGUUUUGAUGUAUACAUGGUAUUCACUUGCUGUAUUAAAUUAGCAUUAUAAUAAAAAA